CUGAAGGGAGCACACAGGAGGAGAUCCGCAUUCCCAUGACGUCAGUUUUAUCCGACGCAAAUACAGCUCGUGCUUGAAGCAUUGGGUCAGAUAUCCAAAACAAACUUGCGGAGGAUGAAGUGGAUAUCUGGCUGGCUCCUGCUGCUGUCCAUCUCUGUCGAGGUCUGGUCAGUGCCUAUAGAUCGCAAUGCAGCCCAGCAGGUCCCUAAAGAGGAAGUGCAGGAAGAGAACAUGGACACUGGCCUGUACUACGACCGGUACCUCAGAGAGGUGAUUGAGGUUUUAGAGACAGACCCGCACUUCAGAGAGAAACUGCAGACAGCAAACACAGAGGACAUUAAGAACGGGCGUCUCAGUAAAGAGCUGGACCUGGUCAGUCAUCAUGUCAGAACUCGCUUGGAUGAGCUGAAGCGUCAGGAGGUUUCUCGUCUCAGGAUGCUGCUAAAGGCCAAACUGGACAGCACCAACACACAGAGUCUUCAGAUGGACCAUGCCUCCCUUCUGAAGCAGUUUGAACAUCUGGAUCCGCACAAUCAAAACACCUUUGAGGCCAAAGAUCUCGAGCUUCUAAUCUCAACGGCCACUAAGGACCUGGAGAACUACGAUGCAGAGAGACACGAGGAGUUCAAGCGCUACGAGAUGCUGAAGGAGCAUGAGAGGCGGGAGUACCUGAAGAGCCUUGAUCAGGAGAAGAGAGAAAAGGAGGAGAAGAGAAUGCAGGAGCUGAAGGAGAAACACCGCCAGCAUCCUAAAGUUAACGCUCCGGGUAGCGUUGAUCAGCUGCGGGAAGUUUGGGAGGAGACAGAUGGACUGGAUCCUCAGGAGUUCAACCCCAAGACCUUUUUUAAACUGCAUGAUACAAAUGAAGACGGUGUUUUGGAUGAGCAGGAACUGGAGGCUCUCUUUACAAAGGAGCUGGAGAAGGUCUACGACCCAAAGAAUGAGGAAGAUGAUAUGAUGGAGAUGGAGGAAGAAAGGCUGAGGAUGAGGGAGCAUGUCAUGAAAAAUGUGGAUGCAAACAAAGACCGGCUCGUCAGCCUGGAGGAAUUCCUCAAGUCCACAGAGAAGAAAGAGUUCAGUAAUCCCAAAGAGUGGGAGACUCUGGAAAACAAGCCAGUGUAUACAGAGGAAGAGCUCCAGCGAUUUGAGGCUGAACUCAGGGACAAGGAGGAAGAGCUGAAGAGGAGGGCUGAGACUCUGCUUCAGGAGCAGGAGCUGCUGAGGGAGAGAGGCAAAGCCUUGGAGGCCCAGAGGAGAGAGUACCAGCAGGCUGUAUUAGAAAUGUCUCAGCGACAGAAAGAACAGCAGGCAGUGGAUGGGCAGCCUCCUGCGGGUCCUAAUGGAGAACUACAGUUUCAGCCACAGACACAGAAACCUGAAGAUAAAGAGGCAAAAGCUCCAGCUGAGCCCGAAGCUGAAGCCCAAAAUAAUCUGCCUGCAGAACCCCCACAGAAUCUGCCUUUGCACACCUAAUGUGCUCAGGCAUCUUACACACACACACACACACACACACACACACCUAAACAUACGCACAUUUGGUUUGAUUUACCCUGACACAGAUAUCCAGAUGGGUUCUGCAAAAUGCAUUAUGUGAUCUGUGUGCAUAGGUUCAGACAGACCGGCUUGUUUCUUGUGACAUACUGAGUGUACUGAGUGUUAAUGUCUGUGGUCUACAUUAGAUUAAAGAUAUCAAAGCACACGGUAUUAGUACAUGUAUUCUCAGAAAUCUUCAGUUUCAGUGAAGCUGUCAAUCCUGCAGAAUGGCAUGUGUAAAAUCACAAACGUUGCCGAAUAAAAUCUUAAUUUAAAAGUA